CAAGCCGAAUCAAGAUAAUAACAAGAUAAUAAGCACUCCAUUUAUUGAAAUUGGACAAAUUUCAACUACAUAGUUGGAAUCUCUGCUAUUAGUUAUGGUUAAUUACCUUAACUAAAGCCUGCGGGGACUCGGGGGCCCAGUGGGGCCGCCGCCUUUAAAUCCAACGACAUCUUGCAGCAUCCCUCGCCGGGAGGCCUUGACCCUGACGCAAGCCUUGACGCAAGCACUGAUGCCGAUGCAUUGAAUCACGACCGCCCACGGCGCCAUGGAGGCCGUACAUGACGACCACUCCGGAGGCGCGAGCGUGCGCCCCGAGCCCGGCCCUGAGACUGAACCCGACCCUGAACCCGACUCUGAGCCUGAACCUGCUGCUGCCUCUCGACGCGCUCGGUCCAGCAGCAGCAGCAGCAGCAGCAGCGGACACAAGCGCAGCCUCUCAGGAUCCCUUCUGUCGAAAUUAUCCUUCCUACGUAUGACGCAGAUGGCACCGUUUGUGCCAGACACCAACCGUCACGGUUCUUCGAGGGAUGAUAACAAUGAUGAUGGUAAUGAUGAUAAUAAUAAUAGCCCUGCUCUUUCGAGCGGAGGCGGAGGAGGAAGUCGCGCGAUGGCCACCGCACUCCAGGUACAACAGCAGCAACGACGGACGAGGCGACGGCGGGGGUCACUGCGCAAAACUGCCUUGUUGGGCACGCGGUUGGAGGCUCGAGAGAAAAAACUCGGCGUGGGACCUAGCCGGGCGAUGGAGAUGAUGAGCGGCGACGUCACGGUGCGAGGGUUCCCGGGCGGCCAGCAGCAACAAGAGAACUUUGGAAGCAAAUUCAUUACGACGACUACUACUCGCAGUAGUGGUAGCAAUAGUAGUAGUGGCGGGCCGAGCUGGACGCUGGUCAGUUCACGAUCCUCUGCUACUGCUGCUGCUGCUGUUGCUGCUGCUACUACAUACAAGGCGACGGAGCUGGAUGGGAAUACAUCUGAUGAUGAGGGGGUGAGCUUUCCUCGAAAGACCACGAGCAAUAAUAAUUCAACGAAUAAGAAUCCUAGCACCGAUCUCAAUCUACACAUCGCUACGACCCCCUCGUCGAGCUUAGACUCAUACUUCCCCGACUUGCCCGCUGUGAGGCCGUACCGGCCGCCGCCCCUGCGGACGCAAUCACCGCUCGUGACGCCGAUUGAGAUGGCUACGCCCACCAGCGGCAGCGGGACUGGAAUCAAAGCCUCAAGCAGCAUUAUCAGUGGUAGCAGUGGCGGCGGCAGCAGCAGCAAAGAGCUACGGAUGAGCUGGGACUACGCGGAAACAGAGUGGUGGGGGUGGAUCAUCCUCGCCGUGACCUGGCUGGUUUUCACGCCGUACGCUCCCCCCGAGCUCGAGGAUGAUCCCACUCUCCCCAUUGUAGGCUAUUACCCUGCGCUGAUCAUCUUGACGGCCGUCAUGUCAUGGGUGUGGGUGGUUGUUGCUUGGGUGGGGAUGAAAUACUUCAAGCAUGCAAAUAUCUCGGGAGAAGACACUUGAAUUUCUUUUUUGUCCUUUUUGUAUUCAUACCAUAAUAACGCAUGAUACCUCAUUUUAUUAACUUAUAGAAUUCGAUUAACGCCUAUAUGCUAUGCAGACUAUGGUUCCAUUCAACCCCCCCCCCCCCCCGGGAAACUAAACAAAAAAAAUCCGAGUCUCUCUUGUCUUUUUCUCACGCCGACUCAAGCAACAACAGCAGUCUUCUCAGCGAGAGAUGGGCAGGGGGGAGUGGACUGUGGUUGGACGGUCUUCCCCGGUGCGGUACUGACCAGCCCCUUGGACACGGCGAAGCACGAGGAGCGGUCGUGGUUCGUGUUCUCAUCGUAGAACUCGUCCAGGAUCGGGUGGAGGAGGACUGUCUGUUUGUGGAUAGUCACGAUUGAAUUGGUGGGGACAGAGACCCAGUUAUCUAGAAGAAAAAGCAUUAGUCUCCAAUAUAUAUAUAAGUAGAUGUAUUUAUA